AGCAUCACUGAGCAGUGAACAACAUCCAGGGAAACCCGGGAGAUAAACUAAAGGCAAACCACGUCUGUCUGUUUCUGCUCCCCAUUCGGCAGCCGCUAAACUCCUGAAGCUUCCUCCGUCUGCAAACAAGACACCAAACUGUGACACAAUGAAAGUGGCCGUUGUUUUUGUUCUGCUCUUCGCCACAGUUCUCUGCCGGCCGGCGAGAAAACCUUCUGACAGCAGUUCAGAGAGCUCUGAGGAAGUGGUGAGACGACCAGCAGCUCAGCCCAUCAGGAAACAGGCAGCAGUGGUUCCUCAGACCCGUGCAGCACCUGUACAGAAUGUUGUAGCAGCAGCAGCAGCAGCAGCAGCAGCAGGAGCUGCCGGCUCAGAUGAGAGCACAGAGAGUUCAGAUGAAGACAAGCAGGCAGCAGCAGAGGCUCCAGUACAAGUAAGAUCUGACAGCACGGACACAGCUUUGUCCUCAGACACAGCCUCUGUCAACAGCAAGGACAAUGAAGACAGCAAGGAUGAUGAUGAUGAUGACGAUGAAGCAGAGGAGAAUGAGACCGAGGACAAUGAAUCCAGCGACAGCUCCGAGUCGGGCGAGUCGGGCGAGUCCUCCACCCCCGCUCCCACCACGGCCAACCCUGUGGUCGUCACAGAUGGACCCGUGGCUGAAACCACUCCUGAUCCCAUCAUGCCUACCAUCGUCACCGACACGGACGAAGCCCGCGGUGACAACCUGGGAGGCUACCCCAGCGACUACAAGUCCAUUGUUUACGUGGAGGACAAAUCCGACCACAAGGUUCCUGCUCCCUACAAGUCCUACGAGCUCGUCGGCACAGGAAAGAAGAUGGCCUAUGACAUGAAAGACGGCAAUGAGGUGGAGAAGUCACUGCAGGUGUACAAGGUACAGGCUCUUCAGGUCCACUCCGAUCUUCUGGAGGAGGACACCAGCACCCCUGAGGUGGAGAGCCAGAGCCUGGACAUCUCCUCCGGCACCUCUCAGGACGUCAGUCCCCGCCAGGCAUCCCUCCCAGAGGAGGAGGAGAGCGCUAGCACAAGCGAUUCCACCAACAGUGAGAGCUCCAGCACUCCAGAGGAAGAGGAGGAGGAGGAGAGCACCAGCAGCACCAGUGACAGUACCAGCACCAGCGAGGAGUCAGAGGACAAGGAGAGCCAGAGCAGUGAGGAGGCCACAGCCACGCCCGGAGCAGCUGACAGCGAAUCAGAUGAGAGUGAUAGCACUGAGGGUGACUCAGAGGAGGGGGUGCAACCUGAGACCAUCACUGCCAAAUAAGCCCCACCCAUCCAGGAAAUGGAGUGGUCAUGUCAGAGAGAUUCGUAUAAAGAGUGCAUGCUGCAUCCAGGUGCAACCCCCCCCCAUGAGCCACUUUCCACUGUAGGGUCAAACAGGGACAGUCAGGGCUUAAAUAUUUUGAUUUAGAUUUGUUCUGCCAAUAAUUCUGUAAUUACUUGUGCAUCAUAUGAGAAGCAGAAACGCUUUUUGUUCUGGGUUAUAUUUAAAUAAACCAAUCACUCCUGCAUCCUGUGGUCUAGUUGCCCUGGUAAAUCCCAUGUUUGACCCCAUAGGGGAAAAGGUGGUCGAUGUAACUUUAUAGGAUGUUGAAAGUGACGACUGCUACCUGCAACAGGAGGUUGACUGACCUCAUGACCUUUGCCCCCUCCCCGCUCCCGUCUGUUGCUGCAGGGUAAAAGGUCAAAACUGGUAAAGAACAAGGAAACAAAUACGGUUGAGUCCUGAUGUCUACACUAGCAAAACACUGCAUUUAAUCAUUAAUUAAAAACUGCAAUAUGCAAACCUACAUUGUUUACGUGCUUAUAAAAUAAGAGAGAAAAGUGCACAGUUUAUUUAAAUACUAUUCAAGUAUAAUACAAUUUAAACUUGACAUCAAGCCAUACAUUUGCUGCCUGUGUGGCUUAGCUUUGUUGCUAGCUUGUAUUAAAUCUGCUGGUGUAGAUAAAAGGAUGUAAACAAAGAGAAACUCACCAUCCAGUACAGGGUUCAAUCAGGUAUAGAUGCAGUACACACACACACACACACACACACACACACACACACACACACACAAACAACACAGUCCUGUUCAUUUGCACAGUUCCUACCUACACUACAUGUCGUUUGUCCCAUGUUGUUUACUGUAAUGUAUCAUAUUGUACCAUUUCUAAAAUAUUAAUAAAGUUCUUUUUCAUAAAAAUA